AUGGAACCCAAUAGAAGUCGUAUGCUGACCACAGCUCGUCCCUAUCUUCAGGUUCUUUCCAUAUUUGGACUCACACCUCCUCCUGUGUUUUUUACAAGGACAUUGCACAGGCGGCGCAGAGGAUACUUAAUACUAGGAUAUGGCUGCUUCCUGUUUCAAAUGCUCCUGAUGGUCAUUUAUGAGUGCUACGCUAACAUCGUGGUACUACACCAGGAAGUUAACCUGUUCCAAGCGGAGGACUUCAGUAAAGUUUUGGGGAGGACGCAGAAACUUCUUGUGGUGGUCAUGGCCACGUGCAACCAACUAAACAUUUUGCUAAAUGUCCGCCGUCUGGGAUGUAUCUACAAGGAUAUUGCGAAUCUGGAGCUAGAUAUAGAUAAAGCUUCUAUCGGUUUAAGUGGCCGAAGACACUGGUGGAGCCUGCGCCUCCGAUUGUCGUGUGCUGUGGGACUAUGGAUGGUGAUGAUUAUAGGCCUUAUGCCUCGGUUUACCAUUGGACGGAUAAGUUCGUUUCAUUGGGCAAAUCAAGUAAUGACGGAGAUCGUUUUGAUAAUGUUGCAACUGAAAGGACCAGAAUAUUGUCUUUUUGUGAUUUUAAUCUAUGAGCUGAUUCGUCGGGCACGCCAUAUCCUCGAGCAGAUUAAGGUUGAUCUGGAGGAUUGCAACUGUGGGGAGAAGAUUCAGGAGCUGUGUGCGGCCUUGAAGAGGAAUCAGCUUCUAGUGGGACAAAUCUGGAGGUUGGUGGGUGAGAUUGGUAUUUACUUCACCCUCUCUAUGACGUUGCUGUUCCUGUACAACGGGCUGACCAUUCUGAACAUUGUCAACUGGUCUAUUACAAAGUAUUUCAGCCCAGACGAUUACUAUCAAUACAGGCGACUUGGAUCCAGCCUUUUAUUAUCUUUCAAUCUUCUAUUGGCCUGUUUUUACAGUGAGUGCUGCAUAAGAGCUUAUCGUAGCAUCACAAUAAUCCUUCACCAAAUAGCUGCAUUACCCACAGCUGAGGAAUUUCCAAUGCUAAAAAUGGGUCUAAGGGAAUACUCCUUGCAAAUGCAGCAUCUGCAGCUAAAUUUCACCUGCGCUGGGUUCUUCGACAUCAAUCUCAAGAAUUUUGGAGGGAUGGUAGUAACUUUAUGCGGUUAUAUUAUUAUUUUGAUACAAUUUAAAAUACCGGGUUUUGCGCAACAAAAAUUUAGACAAAAUAUUAGCGAAAUUUCAGAUUAA